CUAAAUAACUUCUGCAUGCCCACAGUUUUAGAGUUUACGCCCAGCCUCUUUCUUCCCAAUCAUUUCGAUCGCUUCGAUGCGUUGAUUUCUUCUACAGGAGGCUCUUGUUGCACGUAGUUAUACACAGUAUAUCUGCAUGUAUAGGAUUGCACGGAGACAACAAGAGAAGAAGAAAUAGUGAUGGGAAAUUCAUGGGAUUCGAUUAUUGUGAUGGAGAGCAUAUGGAAGAUGGGUCUUUUCCCUUCUUCGUAUGCAGAGGAAUUUCGCCUGCAAAAUGAAGGUUUUUACUGGGCGACAAUCAUAGCGAUAUUGCUUAUUCUUAUUUGGCAUUUCUCCAGAAAACUUUGCUUCUCUCGAUCGUCCGCUUAUGGUUCUCUCAAAUCUAGCAAUAUUUCUUCUGUUUCUGGCUCCGUUGACUGUCAAUCAGGGAUCCCGGAGAUUGUGUCAGACAGAGAUUUGAAGUUUCUUAUUGAAAAUUUGGAUGGGAAUCCCAAUGAAAAUGAGAAAUGGGAAACUGUUAUAGACAAAAGAAACAGUGUUCUAUGGUACAAUGCAAAGUGCUGUAAACCUAAGGAUGCUCCUCUGAAGUACCUGAGUGUGACAGUAUUUGAGAAUUGCUCAGCUGAGGUCUUAAGGGACUUCUACAUGGACAAUGAUUACAGAAAGCAGUGGGACAAGACUCUGGUUUUGCACGAGCAACUGCAUAUGGACAGAAUAAACGGAAUUGAAAUUGGUCGCACAAUCAAAAAAUUCCCAUUGUUGACACCUAGGGAGUAUGUAUUGGCUUGGAGGUUGUGGGAGGGAAAAGAUAACACAUUCUACUGCUUUAUCAAGGAAUGUGAACAUCCUUUGGCACCACUGCAGAGAAAAUUUGUACGAGUUGGGUAUUUUAGAUCUGGUUGGCGAAUCAGAAAAGUGCCUGGUACAAAUGCUUGUGAAAUCAAAAUGUUUCACCAAGAAGAUGCCGGUUUGAAUGUUGAGAUGGCAAAACUUGCUUUCGCAAAGGGCAUUUGGAGUUACGUAUGUAAGAUGGACAAUGCACUACGGAAAUAUCCUGCAAUCAACAUUCCUCAGACAAGUCCAGCCGUCUCCGCUGUCACCUUGAUUAAGGAGGUCAGAAAAAUGGUUGGGAUUGAUUUUGUUUUGAGGUCUAUAUAGUAGAAGUUAAUCUGUCGUGUUCAUUUGUAGUUUAUGAAGAAUACUUGAGGUCAAAGUUUUCUUUUAUGCUUGUCAGUGUUUCAUAAAAAAUGAGGAUAGGCUCUUAACCUGAAGCAUAUUGUGUUGGCCUGUUGGAAAAUCUAGCUUUCGCUUCAAACCAGACUGACCUGUAGUUUAGAUUAGCUAUAGAUGUCUGAACUAGAGUUUGUAGCAUGAGCAAUGUAAAAGUCCUGGUGGUUUUUAACUCUCUGUCAGCUCAACUUUUAUGAACAUAGGACUAUAGUUUUUUAUUUCCAUGCAGGUUGCAUCAUCAUCUGAU